AUGUUAUAUUUUUUAAGGGGUCCUUCGGAUGUCGCGUUCAUACUCGUCCAGCGCAGCGACAGCGACUGGGAAGACAUGGGAAAGUCAGACAAGGCUCAAGCGAAAGAACCAGAGCUGGCCAGUUGCGAUGCGCUACCACAGGAACACAUUCACAACGGAGAAGACCUCGGCAACCACUACAUGCCUACGUUCAAGGAUUUGAAGAAAAAAUCUUGUGGUGUCUUAUGCUGGAAGAUAUUGUAUGUUGUAGUUGGGAUUAUUACCGUGUUGCAAUCCAUUGCUGUGAUCGGGAUAUCUGUUACUUCGGCUAUUGCGACAAAGAUCUACAGCAACGAUAUGUCUGGUCGACUGGUGGCGAUGGUGGUGCUGGCGGUGACCGCGGCGGUCACCCUCUCUGGGAUCAUUUACGGCGUCAUCGGAGCGUUAAGGGAUAAAAGGAGGCCUGUGCACUCGGCAACUGCGGUGCUGAUCGUCGUGAUCAUAAUCCAGGCGAUUAUCCUCGCCGUGUCGGUGAAAGUGACCACGGAGGACGAGGUGGAACUUGGCCGCUCCCUCUCCGAAUCCUUCAAGCUUGCAAGGGACGAUAACCCGAGACAUGUGAAGAUUUGGGCCAGGACUCAACACGAUCUCAAAUGCUGCGGGGUGUACACCGCGGAGGACUACCGUUCGCCUAAACUUCCCAGCUACUUCGCACCCAACGUUCCUAUCUCCUGUUGUCCCGUUUACGAUCCGGAGAGGUCUGAGCUUGUGCAGGAGAGGGAAAGGGAAACCUGCAAAGCCAGGAGGUUAUUCUACGACGUAGGCUGCCGUAACUUGAUCAUCGACGUAUUCAAAGAGACGUCUGCGACGGUGAUGGGAGUGUCCUUACUUGCCGUUGUGUUACAGAUAAUCACCAUUUUGAUAGGAAUAAUUUUAGAAAAGAAAAAUACAGAACCAAAGAACAAGGAAUAUGAUACUGACGCCAUAGAAGUAGUACCGACAACACCAGCAGUAAUGACAGAUAUGAAAACAAAACCGAAAUCAUAA